CGCAGGCGCACGGGGCGGUCCGCUCAGAGUGCGCAUGCGCUGCGCCUGUACAGUUCCUACGCGGUCUGUGGGCGCCUCCGUGUUUGCGCGCGAAGAUGGCUGAGCAGGCACCGAAGUCGGUGCUCUUCGUGUGUCUGGGUAACAUCUGUCGAUCACCCAUUGCUGAGGCAGUUUUCAGAAAACUUGUAACUGAUCAAAACGUUUCAGAUAAGUGGGUCAUUGACAGCAGUGCUGUUUCUGCCUGGAACGUGGGCCGGGCACCAGAUCCAAGAGCUGUGAGCUGCCUAAGAAAUCAUGGCAUCGACACAGCCCACAGAGCAAGACAGGUUACUAAAGAAGACUUUGUCACAUUCGAUUAUAUGCUGUGUAUGGAUGAGAGCAAUCUGAGAGAUUUGACUCGGAAAAGUCAUCAAGUCAAUAACAGCAGAGCUAAAAUUGAACUACUUGGGAGCUACGAUCCUCAGAAACAGCUCAUUAUUGAAGACCCCUAUUACGGGAAUGAGUCCGACUUUGAGACCGUGUACCAGCAGUGUCUGAGGUGCUGCAGGGCCUUCCUGGAGAAGGCCCACUAGUGCGUCCGUCCGAGCCCGCUGGUGCCCGGCCCCACGUCCCAGCCCAGGGUCACGUCCGUAGCUCAAGGCCAGUGCUGGUACUUCCGUCCACUUGCUGUUUCUUACUUCAAAAAUAAUUGUAGAUGGAAAUCAGUGGUUCUGUGUGGCAAAAGAAUAAAUACCUUUGACUCAGACAGUU